AUGCACAGAGGAGGCAGACAGCGACUACCACAUUGUGUGGGGGUUCCUGUGUGCCUGCAACACGAAUGCCGUCUCCUGCUGGACACUGACCCAGCUCAACCAGGUAGAAGUCAUCACCAAUUGUAUCUUGACAAAAGUCCCCUUGUGUCGAAGUUAUCAGCGCCUGCACAAUUCUCGAAGGAGAAGAAGGAUCAGUUUAUUUCACAAGGAAGAAAUAUGGACUGGAUCAGAGAUGGGAUGAAGCUUGCAGCAUCGACAAAGAUGCAAGGGUCCAGUCUCUGGAUGAGAACCACCCAUUUUUAUCAUCAAUAA